AUGACGACUAUGUCCACAGCUACGACUCCCACGAUGAGUCCGAACCAUUUGAUCACGUCUCCCAAUAUCACACUUAAUAGUUCCAAUAGCAAUAAUAUAUCAUAUUCGUCAUGUUUAGCCACCAAUACCAUUUCACACGCUGGCUCUUCCAAUAUCGGUGGCCAUUCACAAAAUCUGUCUGGCUCCCAGUCGCAGAGCCAACAACCCUCUUCAAGCCUGGCAUCUUCUGGACGUACACCAUCUGAUCGUUCAGACCGUAAACUUGCCGUUCCCAAAAGUUUGACAUCACAUUCAUCUCCUUCUUCAUCGUCUUGUUCAUCAUCCUCAUAUUCAUCUUCUUCUACUAAGAGUAGUCCCUUGACUCAACACAUUGAUCCAUUUCUUGCCCAGUACCUCAAGUCACCUACCAUUAAUUCUACUUUCACCAACCACCGCCUUUUUUUCCAGGCGCUCAAUAGAGAACGGAAAAUCAAGCUGAUGGACAUCUACCUGAAGUACUUGACGUUCAAACACACUAAGAACCCAUACAAGAACGCCCAGACAUACCAACAGUACAUCCAGAGAAAUGACCCACCCAAAAUCAGGAUCAAGUCGUCGCCCUUGAUAUCUCAAAAAUAUCAAAAUUAUCAUCACCAUCACCAUGAGCAUAACCAGAAAACCCAGACUUUGAAGAAGUUACCUUCCCCUAUGAUUACUCUUGAGAAAACGUUGCUGCCUUCUCCCAAGAGAAAAUUUCCAGAACCAGUGCCUCAAGUCCAAGUAGUCAAGAAAUUCCUUCCCCCACAGUUCAUGGACUGUCCUACGGACGACUUAAUAAACUUGAUUUCGCGAAUGUUGCUGUCCCUCAUAUCGUUGAAUGAUAAGUCUGUGCCCGAGUCGAUAUCUCACCCAAAGCCAUCUUCAGCAGCUUCGACGAACAGCUUAUUGACAAGAUACCAUUCGCGUACACCUCCUAGCAUUUCUACCCAUACAUACUUGACAAGAUUGAGUCAGUAUAACAACUUCAACCCAGCAACGUUGCUCACAACCAUCUAUUACAUCGACUUGUUGAGUCACCAAUACCAGCCAUUUUUCACGUUGAACUCGUGGACGGUACAUCGUUUUCUUCUUGUAGCUACUAUGUUGUCGCAAAAGUCCAUGGAAGACUUCUUCUACACAAAUGACCACUAUGCCAAAGUUGGAGGUGUGGCUGUAGGCGAAUUAAAUUGUUUAGAGUUAGAUUUCUUGAACCGCGUGGACUGGAGGUGUAUUCCAGGAAAACAGCAUUUGCAGGGUCAAGGUCAAGAAAAAGAACACCAAUACUGCAGUAUCAGAUACGCGAAGGACGUCUUAGAUCUCUACUACAUCCAGUUGAUCGAAUUGAUGGGUAGACACACCGUAAACAGCGAUCCGUUAUCGAAGCAUAUUCAUUACUUGCCUCAGAGUAAAAACGAAAAUUCCUCUAAAAAUGCCGACGGUAUUGAAAUUGAACAGGAGGAAGAACAGAACGAAGAAGAUAUGGACGAGGAAGAAGAUGAUGAAGAAGAUGAUGACGACGACGACGACGAUGACGAUGACGAUGACGAUGAUGAGGACGAAGUCAAUUCAAGCAGCCAGGCUGUAGAAGAUGAAGACGAAGAAGAAGAGGAAAGCAGAAACGGACUCAGGAAGAGUCCACUAUUUGAUUCAGACGGCUAUAGUGUCGACGGAACUUCGUCACCACACUUGAAGAGGAAGUAUUCCAACGAAUAG